GAAUUUUUGAUCAGAGGAAUGUACGUCAGUCUGCUUUACACGUACACACUUUAGACAGGCAGGAAUUCUAUUCUCACGAAAGGCAAUCACCAUGAAUGUUUUGCUUUGUAUAAUCUCGCUAUCCCUAGCCACCGUCCUUCAGAUCUCCUCUGCUGAGCAAGCACAGCUUAAAAUUGAAGUAGUAGAAAAACCAGAGAAAUGCCCUCGCAAAACCAAGGUUGGUGAUACCCUAGCGAUGCACUACACUGGUAGACUAAAGGAUGGAAAGAAGUUCGAUUCAAGUCUUGAUCGCGGUAAAACCUUCGAUUUUACGUUGGGUAAAGGCAUGGUGAUUCAAGGAUGGGAGCAGGGACUCCUGGAUAUGUGUGUUGGAGAAAAAAGAAAGCUUAUAAUCCCUCCACAUCUAGCUUAUGGUGACAAUGGAGCUGGUGCUGCUAUACCACCAGGUGCAACACUGUACAUGGACGUCGAACUGGUCGAAAUUCAAGACUCCCCUCAGGCUCAACCAGAUGUGUUUGGCAUGAUUGACAAGGACAAAAACAGACAGUUAACCCAAGAGGAAAUCAAAACCUACCUAAAAGAGCAGAAUAGCAUGCCAAAUGAUGACCCUGCCAGCCAUGAUACAAUUGUAUCCGAGAUUUUCCAAGAGGAGGACAAGAAUAAAGAUGGGGUUAUAUCUUUUGAGGAGUUCACUGGCCCUAAACAUGAAGAACUUUAGGAAUAUAGUAACUGUGUUAUUAUAGAUAUAUGCCAAUUAUAAUGAAUAUUAAUAUCAUUUUGUAAUAAAAUAGGCUCUUAGAAUAUGUUUUUGUUUUUAAUCGUUGCAUUAAUAUUUGAUGGAAAUUCUUAAAAGCAGUACUGUAUAUAUAAACAGGGGUGAUGAGGGGUAAACUAUUCACCCCCUCCCUCCUUUGCACAAAUAAAAUUAGUUUGUUCAUAACAAAAA